GGGAAAAAGAGGAACCAAAAGGAGGCUAGAGGUGGCGCCUGGCAGAAGAGGAAGCCAGGCAAACAGAAGAGUCUACCUCCAAGUGACUGGUCCUCGGCCCUCGGAGAAUAGCAGCUGAGCUCUGAGGUGGGUCUGAGGCACACAGGCAGUGGUGCCCAGAAAGCAGCACCCAACACCCCCGCCCCUACCUCCCAGAACACCCAAAGAAGAGCAGCCGCUAUGCACCUCCCUGAAAGCCUGAGUGACCUGGCAGACAGUGAGACUGUGCGCUUUCUGAGGAGACCAAAGAGCAUCUCACGGAUCUUCGGAGGGGUCUUUUCCCUGGUCAUCUUUUCCUCUCUACUAACUGAUGGUUACCAGAACAGAACAGAGUCUCCUCAGCUCCGCUGCGUCCUCAACAGCAACCACAUGGCCUGUAGCUUUGCAGUAGGAGCUGGCUUCCUGUCCUUUCUCAGCUGCUUGGUCUUCCUUGCUGUAGAUGCCCAUGAGAGCCGCAUUGUAGGCUCCCGCUUUAAGACAGCCUUCCAGCUCUUGGACUUCAUUCUGGCUGUCCUCUGGGCAGGUGUCUGGUUUGUGGCCUUCUGCUUCCUAGCCAGCCAGUGGCAGCAUUCGAAGUCCAAGCACUUCCUCUUGGGGAACAGCAGCGCCAAGGCAGCCAUUGCCUUCUCUUUCUUCUCCGUCCCUGUCUGGAUACUCCAGGCCUACCUAGCCUUCCAGGACCUCCGAGACGAGGCUCCAGUCCCCUACAAGCGCUCCCUGGAGGAGGGUAGUGUGGUGCUGAACACCCUCUCCCCAUCAUCCACCACUAACCCCGCCAACCCUCCUAUCACAGGCCCCAACAGUCUGAGUUACAGCAGCUCAGCCCUGUCCCCCUACAUGACUACUCCAAAGGCCCCACGCCUGGUUAUGAUGCCAGACAGCUAAACAGCCUAUACACAUGAGUAAAUAGCCCCCUCUGAGGGGUUUCUGAA